GAGUCGUCUCCGACGAACGAACAGAGAACAGAAAAACGUCCUCGGAACGUUGGACAGAUCAAUCGGACAGUUCCGUUCGUCUUCUUAGCAAAUCCGACAGACGAAAAAGGUCCCUCCUUUGCAUCCCAGGGAUGCGAAAUCCCCGUGUCCCUAGGGUUCCCCGAUCGGUAUCUUGAUCGAAGUCGAAAGCCCCCUCCUCGCUCAUCGCUUCCCCCUCUGUACAUUCGAUUCGCGGGGAACGAGUUUUUGACUUCGUCGAUAAGCGUUGAUUCAUGGGGAACUUGUUCGUGAAGAAGCCCAAGGUCACCGACGUCGAUAAGGCCAUUCUGUCUCUCAAGACCCAGCGGCGCAAGCUGGGUCUGUAUCAGCAACAGCUCGAGGCUGUCAUUGAAGCUGAAAAGCAAGUUGCUCGGGAUCUGAUCAAAGAAAAGAGGAAAGACAGGGCAUUGUUGGCGCUGAAGAAGAAAAAGGCACAGGAAGAUUUAUUGAAACAAGUGGAUGCAUGGGUUCUUAAUGUUGAGCAACAGCUGGCAGAUAUCGAACUCGCAAGCAAGCAGAGGGCCGUCUUUGAGAGCCUAAGGUCUGGGACCGAAGCAAUCAAAGCAAUUCAAAGCGAAAUCAACUUAGAUGAUGUGCAAAAGCUAAUGGAUGAUUCUGCCGAAGCAAAAGCUUAUCAAGAUGAAAUUAAUGCAAUCUUGGGAGAGAAAUUAUCGGCAGAAGAUGAAGAGGAGAUUCUUGCAGAAUUUGAGACUUUGGAAUCACAGAUUGCUAUCCAAGAUAUGCCUGAAGUUCCUCCAACAGCUCCAACUCCGGAGGUAGUUGAAGAGACAAUUGACCUUCCUGAGGUGCCAAAGAAAGCACCUGUGGCUGCCAAUGCUGCUGUAGAUGAUGCCGAAAUUGCCUCCAAAAGAAAGGUUUUGGAGGAACCGCUGCCUGCUUGAAUUCAGCUUGAAACAACAUUACCAUCUGCUGAUUCCUGGUGUUCCUAUCGACUAUUCCUGUUGCCCACUUUGUAUACUUUUUAUGUUAACUGACAGCAAUUCGAUUGGAUUUUCUGAUUCAUGUAAAUCUCAGUUUGUCUUAUAUUGGAAAAUACGGAAUUUUUUGCCAUGCAA